UGGUGGCCGUCCUUUUUCCUUCUCCUCCCACACAGCCACACAGCCACACCAGUAAACACACAUUACUGUACAGUGAGUGAGUAGCUGUCCGUCCGUGUUAGGGCUCUUACAGGGACACAACGAAAGAGAGAUGGCUCAAACCGACAGCCAAAGUUCAACUUUCCCCGAGAUAGUGGAGUUAAACGUGGGUGGGCAGGUGUAUGUGACCCGGCUUGAAACUCUCACUGCGGUCCCCAACUCUCUGCUGUGGACCAAGUUCACCCAGAGCUCCCCGGGAGACCUGCCUAAAGACGGAAAGGGCCGCUUCUUCUUCGACCGGGACGGCUUUCUCUUCCGCUACAUUUUGGACUACAUGCGGGACUCUGAGCUUUUCUUGCCCGAAUUUUUCAAAGAGAGGAGACGACUGCAAAAAGAAGCGGAAUUCUUCCAGUUACCAGAGCUGUCGAAGCGACUGGCAUCGGGCAGCAAAGACAGCUUGUUCACGGAGGACAGUGGGGAGCCGGAGGAGGCUGAGCUCAGCUCCCCGGUCACCUCCUCCUCCUCCUCCUCGGGCACUACGCUGCGCUCUCCUGGGGCCAGCGCCGGCUACAUCACCAUUGGGUACAGAGGCAGCUACACUAUCGGGAGGGACAUCCAGGCAGACGCUAAGUUCCGCAGGGUUGCCAGAAUUACCGUGUGCAGCAAGAUAUCUCUGGCUAAAGAGGUUUUUGGAGAAACCUUGAAUGAGAGCCGCGACCCGGACCGCCCUGCUGACAAAUACACCGCCAGGUAUUACCUCAAGUAUAACUUUCUGGAGCAGGCGUUUGACCGGCUGGCAGAGGCUGGUUUCCACAUGGUGGCCUGUAACUCCACCGGGACCUGCUCAUACGGCAGCAACGACCCGGGGGAAGACAAACUGUGGACUAGUUACACCGAGUAUGUUUUCUCCCGAUGAAGUGACUGAAGACUGAUGUCUGGUACAUUCCUGCUCACGAUCUCAGUUAACAAUUGGAGCAAUAUUAGUUACAAUAGUUAUUUCUUUAACGUUUCAUUAACAUUCCAAAUUGGCUCUUCCAGCGUUCAUUGUCUUGUGUUUUUGUAACUAUCUGCUCUGUGAACCAGCCCGAGUUAAACUUUUCUGCUAUUUUGUCCUCUGUUCUGCAAGAGGAGCACACUCCACUAUGAAACCUAAAUGUCAUUGCUAAGUGAGGAGUAAAAGGCAAACCUACUUUUAUAUGUCAUUAACUGGUCGAGUUGGCCUAUUAGCCUUUUUGGCUUUCACAGAGACUGCUUUGUUCUUAUCUAAUGACAUGUUUACUCAAGGUGGCAGAAAUGUAAGAAGCUGGUUUCUUUUGAUCCCCACUGAACUAUACUUGCAUUGUCAGUAGUGGAGAGGCCGUUGGAACACCAAACACUAGGAAUGUUCUGUAAAUAGCCUAAUGUUUAACUAAAUUCGGGAGUCUUUAAUGUUGGGAUUGAUGGAUAAGAACAAAAUGUGCUUCUUUGAUAUUCUACCUUAACAUACUAUAUUACUUUUUUUGUAUUAUCAACCACACUUGUGGUAUCACUGUUUUCAAGAUGCUACAGUUAUGUUACAUCUAUGAGCUGUUGUCAUCGUUUUUCUUUCUAGGUAUAAAGCUAUAGCAAAUAAAGUGUGACAUCGUAAAAGUAUUCAUCCCCUUGAA